AUGACUAGAGAAAUCGUAGGAAACUCAGACUCUGGAAAGAUCCGUAUUUUCGUGGUGAGACACGGCAAAACUGACUGGAACGCCAAAAAAAUCCUCCAGGGACAUAUCAACAUCGAUAUGAACGAUGAAGGAAAAGACCAGGCAAGAAAAUUAGGAGAACACUUUAAGGAGAUCCAACUAGACAAUGUGGUCAGCUCAGAUCUCUCGCGGUGUGUGGAAACUGCGAAAUUCAUCGUGGAUGAACAAAAGGGCCCAGAGUAUCAAGAAACCACUCAUCUUCGUGAAAGAAACAUGGGAAAAGUACAAGGGAUGCCACUCGACCAGGCACUUGCGGAGUAUGGAGAAGAUUUCCGGAAUUUCGGAGAAAAAAGCGACGCUCUCAUUCUGCGAGUAUCUGAGGUCUGGAACGGGGCUAUUAAGAACGCUAAAGUAAAAGGCCACAAGAAUGUCCUACUAUGCACCCACGGAGGUGUCAUUCGCGCCUUCAUAAACCAUUUGCACGAUGGACUUCAAUAUGGCUUGGGUAAUGGUUUGUACAGAGAGGACUUGCGGGUUCCUUACAACACCUCCAUUUCCGUGAUAGAUAUAGAUGUGGCCUCGGGCCAGGGAACAAUUCAGAAGUUUGGUGUUACCGAACAUUUGGGCGGCGAUUUUAGAGUCACUAACCAACUUUUGAGAUAG